UGGCCUCUCGGUGCUGUUACGAGUCAAGUACAAGCUGCGAAGUCACCAAAAAGCCAAAAGCACCAUCCCCAAGAUGUUCCAGGCUGUGGUCCGCAGGCACCCUGACAAAGUGGCCCUGAUUUACGAAGCCACCGGCGAGCAGUGGACCUUCAGGCAGCUGGACGAGUACUCCAACGCCGUGGCCAACUACUUCUACCAGCAAGGCUUCCGGCUGGGGGACGUCAUUGCCAUCUUCAUGGAGAGCCGCCCCGAAUUUGUUGGCCUCUGGUUAGGGAUGGCAAAAAUCGGUAUUGAGGCGGCUCUGAUCAACUUCAAUUUGCGUUCGGAUUCUCUGGUUUACUGCGUGACGACGUCGGGUGCGAAAGCCGUGAUCUUCGGGGGGGAGCUGGCUUCAGCAAUAUCUGAGGUGAAUGGGAUGUUGGGGAAGAACAUGGCAAAAUUCUGCUCUGGUGACUAUAACCCGGGGGUUGUUCCUGCGGAGACCAGACACCUCGAUCCUCUGCUGAGUACCACGUCGAAGCUGCCCCCGACUCAGGUUCCAGUCAAAGGCUUGGAUGAUCGGCUCUUCUACAUCUACACUUCGGGAACGACGGGAAUGCCCAAGGCUGCCAUCGUGGUGCACAGCAGGUAUUACCGCAUCGCCGCCUUCGGUUACUACGCCUACAGAAUGCGCCCGGAGGACGUCCUCUACAACUGCCUCCCCCUCUAUCACUCCGCAGGGAACAUCAUGGGCGUGGGGCAGUGUCUGAUCCACGGCCUCACCGUGGUGAUCCGGAAGAAGUUCUCAGCCAGUCGCUUCUGGGAUGACUGCGUGAAGUACAGAUGCACGAUUAUUCAGUAUAUCGGGGAAAUCUGCAGGUAUCUUCUGAAUCAGCCGGUCCGAGAGUCAGAAACCCAACACUGCGUGCGGCUGGCAGUGGGCAAUGGUUUGAGACCCACCAUCUGGGAGGAGUUCACCAAACGUUUCCGAAUUAAGCAGAUCGGAGAGUUCUACGGCGCCACGGAGUGCAACUGCAGCAUUGCCAACUUGGAUGGGAAGGUGGGUGCCUGCGGUUUCAACAGCCGGAUUUUGCCCAACGUGUAUCCCAUUCGCUUGGUGAAGGUAAACGAGGACACGAUGGAGCUGAUCCGGGAUUCCGGGGGGCUCUGUAUCCCCUGUCGCCCAGGAGAGCCGGGGUUGCUCGUCGGGCAGAUAAACCAGCAGGACCCCCUGCGCCGCUUCGACGGCUACGUCAGCCAGAGUGCCACCACCAAGAAGAUCGCCUGCAACGUGCUGCAGAAGGGGGACCAGGCCUACCUCUCAGGAGACGUGUUGGUGAUGGAUGAACUGGGCUACAUGUACUUCAGAGAUCGGAGCGGGGACACCUUCCGAUGGCGGGGGGAGAACGUCUCCACCACGGAGGUGGAAGGAACCUUGAGUCACAUCCUCAACCAGACGGAUGUUGCCGUGUACGGAGUGGAAGUCCCAGGGGUGGAGGGCAAAGCGGGGAUGGCAGCCAUCGCCGAUCCCAAGGCCAAAGUCAACCCCAACGUCCUGUACCAGGAGCUGCAGAAGGUUUUGCCUCCCUACGCCCGGCCCAUCUUCCUCCGGCUCCUGCCCCAGGUUGACACCACAGGUACAUUUAAGAUUCAGAAAACCCGCUUACAGAGGGAAGGAUUCGACCCCCACCAAACCUCGGAUCGGUUGUAUUUUUUGGAUCUGAAGUUGGGAAAAUACGUUCCUCUGGAUGAAUGCCUUUAUGAAAGGAUUUGUUCUGGAAAAGCUGCUUUAUGAUCUAGUUGGAUUCAGCCGUUUUGAGGA